AAACGUAGUCUUUAAGCGAGAGAGAAACAACCACCGUUGCGUCUAUCUCUCUCUCACACCGCUUCCAGUUGUCCUCUCCAACCAGAAAAAGCUCACCACACCCAUAAUCACACAAACUAGCUCAUCCAUUUCUACAAGGAACCUCUCACCUCUCUCUCAUUUUACCAUUUCGCCCCCAGCUUCUCUUUCUAAUUACUCCCUUUGCCACUCUCGUCCUCCUCUGUUCACUGUAAGUCUGUGAUCUCCACCUCUCACCUUAUUUCUCUCGCUAGAAAUUUGUCCUUCUUCAAAGGUCUUUAAGCUUCGUUUUGCAACAAUGGCGGUCCCUUCUCAGCUCGUUUUAGCCUUUUCGCCUUCUUCCUGCUGAGCUCUGUAUUUUGGCUUUGUAAAGAGAAGCGAACGCGAAAUGCAGCCACUGGAGUUGGAUUUUAGAUCUACACUUUCACUGAUUUUAUUUGUGGAAGGGAGCUUCUGGAUGAUAAAUUAGUGUUAUUAGGCGUUUUCUUGCGGUUUAAGGCGUGAGGAGGAAACGAAGUUUGGUUUUAGGUUUUGUUUGUUUUUAUUGUUCGAUCUGUGAAUUGUUGUGGCUGUUUAAUUUUUGUUUGGAGUGGAAAAAGAGCAACAAGGUUCAGAUUUGUAGAAAUGAAUCGGAGUUUUAGGGCUCAGGAGUCGCAAAUGCAAAUGGCAGCAGCGGCGGUGAAGCAGCGACAACAGUUGAGAGCGUCAAUGAUGAAGGAGAAGGAAGAGGAGCUCGCGUUGUUUUUGGAGAUGAAGAAGCGCGAGAAGGAGCAGAACAAUCUCCUCCUGAGUAAUACUGAAGAGUUUGAUGCUCCUUUAGGGUCGAAACCUGGUACUUCUCCUAUAUUUAAUAUUUCAUCUACCGCAAUACCUGCGCGGAAAGCCACUGGCGUUGAUGAUUUUCUCAAUUCUGAAAGUGAUAAAAACGACUACGACUGGCUUCUAACACCUCCUGGUACCCCUUUGUUUCCUUCUUUGGAGAUGGAAUCACAAAAGACUGUGAUGAGUCAAAUUGGUACUCCAAAGGCCCGCCCCACUGCCCUUAAAUCUAGACUUGCAAACCCUCAGCUAGAUCCUGCUUCAAGGGGCAAUUCAGUAUCUAAACAAUCAGCUUCCUCCCCUGGGUUGAACUCUUCUGCUGCAGGGACGCGCAGGCCUUCAUCAUCAGGUGGUCCAGGAUCACGACCUGCAACACCAACUGGACGCCCUACAUUGACCACAACUUCUAAACCUGCUAGAUCUUCAACACCUACUUCUCGGGCAACUUUGCUUUCAUCUAAGUCAGCAGCUUCUGCAGCUAAGUCAACUGUCUCUGCUGCUAAGCCUACUGCUUCUGCAGCUAAACCUACAGUUCCUACUAGAUCUUCAACACCAUCAAGAUCUUCAACACCAACUGCAAGGCCCUCUAUUCCUCCAUCCAAAUCCACAUCAAGGGCAUCAACCCCAACUCGACGGCCAUCCACUCCUUCAAGUGGAUCCACUGUAUCUGCUCCUGUUAAGUCAACUCCUUCAGUUACCAAGACAAUGCCCACAACAUCAACCAUAUCUGCUCCUGUUAGGUCAACUCCUUCAGUCACCAAGACGACACCAACAGCAGCAAGAAAUCCAGUGCCAUCACGCGGCACAUCUCCAACAGCGAAAUCUAGGCCAUGGAAACCCUCAGAGAUGCCUGGUUUCUCACUUGAUGCCCCUCCAAAUUUGAGAACAUCAUUACCUGAAAGACCACUUUCGGCCACUAGAGGUAGGCCUGGAGCACCCACUGCUAGGUCUUCCUCCGUUGAGCCAACUCCUAAUGGGAGACCAAGACGGCAAUCAUGCUCUCCUGCAAGAGGACGAGCCCCCAAUGGCUUUAUCUACCCAAGUGGGAGCUCUGUUCCUGCAAUUCGUGGGCAUUCUAAAAUUAAUGACAGUGUGAGCCCUGUUCUAAUUGGAACUAAAAUGGUUGAAAGAGUGAUAAAUAUGCGGAAAUUGGCUCCUCCAAAGCAAGAUGAUAAACCCUCUCCUCAUGGCAACCUGUCUGGGAAGUCAUCAUCACCCGACAGCUCAGGCUUUGGAAGAACACUUUCAAAGAAAUCAUUGGAUAUGGCCAUAAGACAUAUGGAUAUAAGGCGAAGCAUUCCUGGUAAUUUACGGCCUCUGAUGGCUAACAUUCCAGCAUCUUCAAUGUAUAGUGUUAGAUCAGGGUCUACACGUAGCAGAACAGUUAGCGUAUCAGACUCUCCUCUGGCAACAAGCAGUAAUGCUAGUUCAGAAGUGAGUGUCAACAACAAUGGUAUUUGUUUAGAUGGGAUCGAUUUAGAAGACGAUAUUGGGAGUGAGAGAGGUGGUCGAUCUCCUCUACGAGGCAGGUGAUGUCUGGAAACGAAUAUCCUAACGUCAACAUCUUUUCCUAAGCACCUCAUGAAUUAUUUUGGGUUUUCAACCAGCUCAAUAGCUGAAAGAAAAGUCUACUGCAAAGAGAAGAAAAUUUGACCAAAAUGUCUUGCGUCUGGUACUGUAAAGUUUGUUAGAUUGGUUGGCGAUUAAGUUUUAUGUAAUCCAUGGUCAUUGUAUUAUUAGGGAAACCAGUUGUAAGUUCUACGGUUGUUCUUGCUCAUUUUCUACAAGGUGAGAUAUUUUGCAAAGUAAAAAACCCUUGUUAUUGAAUCCU